GUUGAGGAUAUCAAACGCCAAUUGAAAGGCAUUCUACAUACGGGGACGUGCCCUGUAGCCUUCCAUCAUGUCCUUCCCCGUCGCGCUACAGUCGGCCAUCUUCUACCUGCUUGCCUGCACACCAUGCGCUGAGGUACGGCAUCGUCACAAGGCCAAGGGCCAGGCCAAGAAAGAGAGGGUAGAAAAGGCGAAACUGGAGACGCAGCAACCUGGCUUAUAUCGACAUCCCUCACCGUUCAACACCAAUCCCUACUGGCAAGAAGAGAUUCGCAUGGGACCUAGCUUGCCGAAGAAAUCGGCCAGCAAGAACUCAAGCCAACGGGGGCUGAUGAGCGCGGGAGGAGAGACGACGGGAGGAGAGAUCAGUGCACUUAGCCUAUCAGGGCGGACAAACACUGGCGAUAGCCACACCAAUUUCGGAGACAGCACGUUGGUGGUAUCACAGGAUGGCAUUCUAUCAGAUGACUGGAAUUCGCGGCACGGAUACCAGCGCGAGGACGAGGAGCUAUGGGGAGCAGAUUGGACUGGCCACAAAUUAAAAGACGCCUUUUCCAAAGCGAGGGAUUCGGCUGGAAAGCUAAUUGAAUCAACACUGGGCAUGGAUAAAGAAGUAACAGAGGAGGAACGCCGUCAAUUUUAUGCGGCCCCACGAAACCCACCGGUCAACGACCUUCACCCACCCGUCGUCAGCAGCAAACUGCCUCACAAGGAGGCUCACAAAUGGAUGCUGCAGCCACCUCCGUCUGCCAAGGUUAUGGAAGGCAAGGUGCCUGUCAGCAGAGCCAUGAGCGCUAGUAGCAGAACAAGCGCGAGGACAGCUGCAAGUGGGAGGACAGCUGCUAGCGGAGAGGAAAGACUGGCUCGCCAACUGCAGGAAAAGCUGGUCAGAGAGAAGAUUAUGAAGGAAUUACCGACGGAAUCUGAGCUGAUCGACUCACUCUUCGUUUCCCGAACUCGCAGCACCCGAUCUGAUUUGACACGGACACGUAGCCUGUCAUUUGACGGCGGCUCUGACGAGGCAUUGGAUAACCGAAGACGGAACAACCGCUUGAGAGCAUUGGCUGUUCCUCCCGGAUACGAAGAGUCAGAGGAUGAGUACGAAGAUAUAUUCACACCUCGCAUCACCAAGAGCACCAGCAACUCUAGUCAGCCUGGACACGCUGCGCAACGACCGAAGCUGGAAACUAUCACCAGCAGUGAAGGCAGCAACCGAUCACGGUCAAAGAGGUCAAGACGGCACAGAUCUACCAGGAAGAAGAACCUGCCUGGAACGGGAUCACCUGUUGGAGAUGACUCUGACUAAAGACGCCAUAUGACAGCGUUCCUUUCUUAAAACACCAACAUGCGACUGUACUGCACAAACGGCGCAAUGAUCUGCUUUGCUUUUGCUUAGUUCCUUUGCUUUGUCUAUCUUUUUGAGUUUUUUUUUAUUGGUCUUUUCUUUUUUCCACAUACAUAUUCUUUUUGCUUCAGUUUCAAGCAUAGCACAAAUGCGGGCGCUGGGAGAGGGAGAGAAAGAGAGGCAUCCUUUUUGGGUAGUGUUUUUUGUGCUUUUGGUUUUUGGGUCUGCCCGUUUUUUCUCUCUGGUGCACGUUUAAAAGGCAUGGCGUAUUUAGGCUGUGGGCUUUUGGUUGUUGGCUUGUUUUUUUGGUGUAUUUGUAGUAGCAAAGAACAAAAGAGGCGAGUUUCAAAGCCUACUGGAGGUGCAGUGCUAGCUUUUGCACAACAAGAUUGGAUUCUUUUCCACGCAU